AUGGAGUCCUCAGUCUUUUUCAAGUUCAAGUCUAGCAAGGAGCCCACCCGUGUGGAGUUCGACGGAACUGGCAUAUCCGUCUUCGAACUAAAACGUGAAAUCAUCCUGAAAAGUGCGCUCGGCGAUGGCACUGAUUUCGACCUCGUCAUCGCUGCCGAUGAAGGCUUCAAGGAAGUUUACGAUGAUGAUACAACCAUCAUUCCAAGAUCAACCACGGUCAUUGCUCGCCGCAUGCCCGCCAAGGUCCAGGGUAGGGGAGGAGCUGCUCGCUAUGUCUCGGGCAAAAUGCCUGUACAUGCAAAGAAUUCAUCACGCAAAGAACAACCCAUUGUCAAGGCCCUGGCAAAGCCGGUCGCCAACCCCGUCGUGCAGCUUAACAGUGCCAUGACUGAGGAAGAGAAGAUGGCGGCCGUCUUCCAAGCUCAGACGGAGAAUUUCACCGCUAGGGAGGAGGAAAUGGCGACGCAGCAAUAUGUCGCCAAAUCUGGCCCCAAGAAGCCUGCGAACGUCCCUGAUCAUGACCCUCCCCAAGGAUACAUCUGCUAUAGGUGUGGCGAGAAGGGUCACUGGAUUCAACUCUGCCCGACCAACGACAACCCGGACUUUGAUAACCGCCCCCGCGUAAAGCGAACCACCGGCAUCCCGAAAUCCUUCCUAAAGACAGUAGACAAGGCAACCGCCCUAGGUCAGAAUGGGGACGGUGACGAAACCAAAACCCCGUCCGGCAUCAUGGUUAAUGCCGACGGAGAGUUUGUCAUUGCCGAGCCUGACAAGGCUUCAUGGGAACAGUUUCAGGCCAAGGCCAAGUCGAACUCAGCAGCUCAAAAGGCUACUCCUGAGGGAGAUAAGGAGAUUCAAGAGCGUGGGCUGGAGUGCCCCAUCGACCACAAGUUGUUCAUAGACCCAAUGAAGACACCGUGUUGUGAGAAGACGUAUUGCAAUGAUUGCAUUACAAACGCCCUCAUUGAGAGCGACUUCAUCUGCCCUGGCUGCAAGUCCGACGGCGUACUUAUUGAUGACUUGAAGACGGAUGAGGAGGCGGUUGAGAAGAUCAAGGCUUUCCUUGCGGAAAAGAACAGUAAGGCGAAAGAGGGGUCCCAAAGCCCUGGCAGUCCCAACAGCCCGACAGCACCAAAGUCUCCGGCAUCUACCGACGCUCUUGCCGCCGAAACCAACACUGAACAAACCAAGCCGAAAUCCGAAUCUCCGACUCCGACAAACACUGCACCACCUGCAUCGCAGCAAACCUCGCAGCAGCCGCACGCAUCGCAAGCGCCAGCAUCGAUGCAAUCCGGCUCCACUGGCAAGACGACGCCACCAACACAGGCUAACCAGGGACAACAAGGUCAGCAAGUUUUGAAAAAGCGCCCUGCCGAAGAUGCCCUGGAGAACCCCAAGAUCCCCAAGGCCCCCAAGGCCAUGCAGCAGAAGGCUCAACAAACCCAGCAGCAAGCCAUGAUGGAGCAGAUGAUGAAUGGGGUGCCUGGCAUGCCUCCCAUGAAUGGCAUGAACCCCAUGAACUUUUCACCCCAAAUGUUCCCUGGCAUGCCCAUGAUGGGUAACUUUGGAGGUAUGGGAAUGCCCAACAUGCCCAUGGGCAUGAUGAACAUGAUGAACCCAAUGAUGGCCGGCGGGAUGGGACCUGGCUUCCCCAUAAACGGCGGGCUGGGCCCUGGUGGCUUCCCCGGUGGCUCCGGCGGAAUGCCCAACGGCAACAAUCCCGGAAUGUGGAACAACGGCAUGGGCAUGAACGGCCCGCACGGCGGCGUUCCCAACGGUCCCAACAUGGGUGGCGCCAUGGGACCAGGCGGUGGCAGAAUGAACAUGAUGAACCAAGCAGCCGGCAUGGGCAUGCACAAUGGUGGCGGCUAUCAAAUGCAGCAGCAGCAGUUCAAGAACUUCUCCAACCAGCCCGCUGAUGAUGACGAUGCCUAUUUCAGGAAACCAGUCAACCCUCACCGCCACCAAAACCGCCAAAGGCGCGUCCGGCCGAGUGAUUACCGAGAACUGUAA